CCCUAUAAAUAGCUAUCAAAUUGUCCAAACUCUCAAAGCCCUCUAACCAUCCAUCCCAACUCUUCCCAUCACAGCAAUCUUCUUAAUCCCAAUGGCAACUUCUUCAUCUCCAUUACCAUUUCUUCUGAUUAUGAUGUCUCUGCUGAUUAUAAGUUGUUGGGUACUAGCUACUUCUGCUUCUAACUUCUACCAAGAUUUCGAUAUUUCUUGGGGCGAUGGGCGUGCUAAGAUACUCAACAAUGGAGAUCUUCUUACUCUGUCACUUGACAAGCCCUCCGGCUCUGGUUUUCAGUCGAAGAAUGAGUAUCUCUUUGGCAAGAUUGAUGUGCAACUCAAGCUUGUGCCUGGAAAUUCAGCUGGCACUGUCACUGCCUACUAUUUGUCCUCACAAGGGCCAACACAUGAUGAGAUAGACUUUGAAUUCUUAGGGAACCUAAGUGGUGAUCCUUAUAUUCUUCACACCAAUGUCUUCGGCCAAGGCAAAGGUAACAGAGAGCAACAAUUCUACCUCUGGUUCGACCCCACUGCCAAUUUCCAUACCUACUCCGUCCUCUGGAACCCCAAACACAUCAUCUUUUCUGUCGAUGGCACCCCAAUUAGAGAGUUCAAGAACUUAGAAUCAAUCGGUGUUCGAUACCCGAAGGACCAACCAAUGAGGAUAUACUCUAGUCUGUGGAAUGCUGAUGAUUGGGCAACAAGAGGUGGACUUGUCAAGACUGACUGGACACAAGCUCCCUUCACUGCCUCCUACAGAAACUUCAACGCCAAUGCUUGCAUAUGGUCGUCCGGAGCAUCUUCUUGUAGUUCAAGCUCUAACAAUAGCAAUGCAUGGCUAGCAGAAGAGUUGGAUUCAACAAGCCAACAAAAGCUUAAAUGGGUGCGAAACAAUUACAUGAUAUACAAUUACUGCACGGACUCAAAGCGUUUCCCACAAGGCCUCCCUCCAGAAUGUGUUGCUUGAAGCACAUCAUUAUAGCAAAGGAAUGAAGUUGCACAAAAUUUUGAUUUCUGUUGCUUAGUCACUUUAAGUUCUUGCUUAGUUAGCACAAUGUCACAAAGUUGAAAUUGACUGCCUUGAAAAAUAAAAUUGUAUCUUACACUCUGUGUUAAGUCAUAUAAGCAACAUAGUUAAUUUUGUUCUCCAA